AUGAUGAUGGCGAAGAAGCAAGAUGCCCGAGCGCCAAUUUACAACCUUAUUGUGGUGGGUUUGUCAGGAACAGAGAAAGAGAAGGGCCAAUGUGGGGUUGGCAAAUCCUGCUUGUGUAACCGCUUUGUGCGGCCAAGCGCUGAUGACUUUUAUCUGGAUCAUACUUCAGUAUUGAGUACCAGCGACUUUGGAGGACGAGUGGUUAAUAAUGAUCACUUCCUGUUCUGGGGAGAGGUGUCUCGGGUUCUGGAGGAAGGACCAGAGUGCAGAAUGCACGUUGUGGAGCAAACGGAAUUCAUUGAUGACCAGACAUUUCAGCCACACCGUAGCACUGCUAUGCAGCCCUACAUCAAACGGGCAGCCGCAACCAAGCUGGCUUCAGCAGAAAAGCUCAUGUACUUUUGUACAGACCAGUUGGGCCUGGAGCAAGACUUCGAGCAGAAGCAGAUGCCAGAGGGCAAGCUACAGGUUGACGGAUUCCUGCUUUGUGUUGAUGUCAGCCGGGGCAUGAACCGCAACUUUGACGACCAACUGAAAUUUGUCACUAAUCUAUAUGGUCAACUUAGCAAGACCAAGAAGCCCGUUGUGUUAGUCCUCACAAAAUGUGAUGAAGGAGUUGAGCGCUAUAUCAAAGAUUCACAUACAUUUGCCAUCACUAAAAAGAGUCUGCCAGUGGUGGAAACAUCUGCACGUUCAAAUAUCAAUGUUGAUCUCGCCUUCCUCACCUUGGUGCAACUUAUUGAUAAGAGCAGGGGUAAGCCCAAGAUAAUUCCUUACUUUGAAGCUCUCAAGCUCCAGAGUCAGCAAAUAGCUUCUGCCAAGGAUCGGUAUGAAUGGUUAGUCAACCGUAUAGUGAAGAAUCACAAUGAAACAUGGUUAAACACCAACCGACGCAUGAACACCUCUGCAGAGUAUAAAGACUAUGUCUUCUUGGAGGGAACAGCAAAAUGCAAAAAGCUCUUUCAACAGCAUGUCUACCGUCUGAAGCAGGAGCAUAUUGAAAGGCGUCGUAAAAUAUACCUAAGCACUCUUCCUUUAGCACUUAGUUCUUUGGUGCCUGACCUGGAUGAGAUUGACCAGCUGAGCUGGUCUGGGGUACAGAAGGUUCUGGAGUCCAAACAGCACUUUGCCCACUGGUUUGUCGUUCUGGAGGAUUCGCCCUGGGAGGACACAUCUCAUAUUGAUAACAUGGAAGAUGAGCGUAUCCCCUCAGACCUGCUGGAGACCUCUGCAGCAGAGGCUAUAUUUGAUGCCCAUCUGGAACAUUUACGCAAUGAAUGCAGACGGGCAGAGAUUAGGCAUGAGUUCAAACAAAAAUUGGCUUCCUCACCCUUUGUCACACCUGGUAAACCUUGGGAAGAGGCCCGUAGUUUUAUCAUGAAUGAAGAAUUUUACCAGUGGCUGGAAGAGCCAGAGUACCUGGACCUCUAUAACCGCCACCAGAAGGAGAUCAUUGACCACGCUAAAGAGGACUUUCAGGAGCUGUUGCUAGAGUACUCUGAGCUUUUCUAUGAGCUUGAGGUGGAUGCCAAGCCAAGCAAGGAAAAAAUGGGAGCCAUCCAGGAGGUUUUAGGGGAAGAACAGAGGUUCAAGGCCCUACAGAAGCUUCCAGCUGAGAGGGAUGCUCUAGUGUUGAAACACAUCCACUUUGUUUAUCACCCUACCAAGGAGACCUGCCCCAGCAGUCCUCACUGUGGAGACUUUAAGAUUGAGCAGAUUUUGGCUUCGCAUUUCCCUACAUGCUACCCCUUUUUUGACAUGAAAUCUCACUUUGGGGACAUUAAGGCUGACAGAAUUAACCUUGUGAUAUUGGGAAAGGAUGGACUGGCCAGGGAAUUUGCCAAUGAGAUUAGGGCUCUCUGCACGAAUGAUGACCGGUACGUGCUAGAUGGGAAGAUGUAUGAGCUCACUCUGCGGCCUAUUGAGGGCAAUGUGCGACUUCCUGUGAAUUCUUUCUACACUCCCACCUUCACCCCCCUCGGAUGCCUAUGUCUGUAUAAUUCAAAAGAGUCCCUCUCAUAUGUGGUAGAAAGCCUUGAAAGACUGAGGGAAUCAACACUAGGUAGAAGGGACAGCCAGCUAGCUCAGCUACCAACAUCUUUGCUUUUAGUUACCAAAAGAGGUGUGGGGACAUAUGCAGAUAUUGGCGGAGAAACUGCCUUAACCUUAAUAACACAGGGACAGCAAGUUGCAAGGAGAUUGCAGUGUAGCUUCUUAGACCCUGCCUCCCCUGGAGUGGGCUAUGGCCAUAAUGUUAAUGAGACUCAAAUUAACCAAGUGCUAAGGAGCCUCUUGGACGUUAGAAGGAGCACUUCUUUUAGUAGCAGCUCCCCACCACUCCCCCCAGAACCUCUAGGUCUCCGAGACUCUCCUCACCAACCCAGUCCAGAGGCAGAUGUUCGCAUCGUAAUGUGCUUAAUGUGUGGAGACUCCUAUGAUAUUGAGCAGCUCUUAUCCCCCUUCCUAAUGCCCCAGCAUUGCCGGCCCUUGUCUAAUAGUGGUGCCUCUAUAAUGCUAGAGCAGACAGUUGGAGGACACAGGCUGGUUAUAGAGCUUUCUCUGCUCUCCUACCAUGCCUCCUUCUCUUUGCGGAAGAGCAGGUUAGUGCAUGGCUACAUUGCAGUGUACUCAGUCUCCAGAAAAGCCUCCCUGGAGACCCUUUGUGCAUUUUUGUGUGAAGUUCAGGACAUCAUCCCGGUACAGCUGUUGGCUGUUGGGGAUAACCAGGCAGAGCUUACAGACAGUGACUAUGCCCGUGAACAGCUGGUCCAGGGGGAGGAGCUGGCCCAUGAGAUUGAGGGUCGCUUCAACAGUAUUGUUUGUGGGUCGGGAGGGGUGGUGGGAGGUAUGCACAGGAUUGAGAUGUUCCAGCCUUUCCUCAUUGAGGUGGUUGAGAAAAGAAACAUUGUGGAGGCAACUCACAUGUAUGAUAAUGUAGCCGAGGCCUGCACCAAUGAGAACGUGUACUCCCCACGCUGCAGUUCUCCCAGUCCUGUCACCAUGUUUCUGGACUCUGAGGAUGACGUGGAGCCCUCUCCACCCUACUAUGAUGGCACACUCACCUCUCAUAGUGGGGGCUUCAACUUACCUGACUUGGAUUCUAGUGACAUCUCUGUCAUUUCUGAUAUUAGCUCCUUUGAAAGCAAACUGAACAACAAAGUAUCUCCCCAGGUGAGAGCUAAACCAACUGUCACUUUUGACUUCCGAAAGGUUGGUCGUAACCCAUACACUGAUACAGUUGGCCAUCGUCGUUCCUUGCCAACGGCUGUUACCUGGGUGCCUGGUGGGGAUGUAGGCUAUGAUCCCUCAGACUAUGCUGAGCCCAUUGAUGCUGUUUCAAAACCCCGUCCUAGUAAUGAGGAGAUCAUCUACUCUGUGCCACAUGAUAGCACACAGGGCAAGAUUAUCACCAUCCGUAACUCCAACAGGAUGAACUCCAAUGGCAAUGGAUCUGACAGUGAAGCUGACAGCAGUUCUUUGGAGCGAAGAAGAAAGUUCUCAGCAGCAGGAGUGAAGCCUCGCCUUUAUCGUGACCGUUCCAAGCGCCUGGGCAAGUUCAGCAGCUUUCGUACAAGCUUCAUAGGCAGCGAUGAUGAAAUGGGAGCUCUUCCUAAAUCCAAGGAGGAUGAGUUUGGAACCCUAAAAGGAGAAAAUCUUGUAAAUGAGGAGAGUGAGGACCCAAAAAAGAGGAACAUUCUGAAGAGUCUGCGGCGAACAGCCAAGAAAACAAGACCAAAGCCCCGUCCAGCUAUUCCCAAGCCCAUGGAGAGCAAUUACUUUGGGGUCCCCCUUGUGAAUGUGGUAUCCCCAGACAGACCAAUCCCUUUCUUCAUUGAGAAAUGUGUCCGUUUUAUUGAGACAACAGGUCUCAAUACAGAAGGUUUAUACAGGGUAAGCGGGAACAAGUCAGAGAUGGAGAGCAUGCAGAGGCAGUUUGAUCAGGACCACGGAUUAGACUUGGUUGAGAAGGACUUCUCCAUCAACACUGUGGCAGGAGCCUUGAAGAGCUUCUUCUCUGAGCUGCCUGAGCCCCUGGUGCCUUGCGCCCUGCAGGUGGACCUACUGGACGCUUUCAAGAUCAAUGAUAGAGAACAGAGGCUCUAUACCAUGAAGGAUGUCCUGAGAAGAUUCCCCAGGGAGAAUUAUGAUGUCUUCAAGUAUGUCACGAGCCACUUACACAAAGUAAGCCAACUGAGCAGAGUGAACCUGAUGACCAGUGAAAACCUGUCCAUCUGUUUCUGGCCCACUCUCAUGAGACCAGACUUCACCACUAUGGAUGCCCUGACUGCCACCCGCACUUAUCAGACAAUCAUCGAGACCUUCAUCCACCAGUGUGCAUUCUUCUUCUACAACCAGCCCCUCCUCGACUCCCCCACGGGCCUAGCAGGCCUUCCCGCCUCGCCCACCACUACCCUGACGGGGGGCUCUGCCUAUUCCUGCUACCGUUCCUCUCCACCCCAUACCACCACGCACUUCAGCCCCCUGCAGCAGUCCCCACCCACCACCCCACAGUCCCCUUUGCAGUCCUUGCUGCCCCCUUUGCACCAACACCCCCAUAGCCACCACUCCCCUGCUGAACAAGAGACACUGUGAGAGACGCUAAAACCACGUGUGCCCAUGAGGAUGCUGGACCUUAUCACCAACACAUACAAAAACACACACUUGUUCACACACACAUACACACACACACACUACAUUUUUUUUGGGAGGGGGGGUCAUGGAUAACUGAGGUAAUGGAGAAAAGAGUCGAGGAGCAUCUCAGAAACAUGCCACUUGUAGUAACCAUCAUUAAGUGUGUCAGGUCAGGCUGUGGUGAAUGACUCUUUCCUCUGCCCUCUAAGUCCCUGAUAGCCUGGAAUCUGAUAUUGGGCCUUCCUCAGAUUAAGAGGAAAACAGGCGCUGUAAGUAACAAUGAGCAUUGCUCCUGUCAGCCUCCACUGACCCCGACACUACCAAGAAAUCCCAACCUUCCAUGUUGAGCUGGAAGACAUGAUUUGUGGCCACUAUGGUUUCAUUUGUGUGUAAUUAUUAUUAUUAUUUUUAACUUUUUUUUUUUUUUUUUUUUUGCUCAUGAAAGUACUGCCACUGGAUUUACAGACUGUUCCUCUCUAGAUCCUUUGAGCAGCAGUUUGCCCCAUAUAGCGGAAAUGUCUCUGUC